AUGGAUCAUCAGAACGGAACAUCGGGCAAACGGUGGCCGACUGCCAUUUCUGCAAAAGCGUCACGGCUUGUGCGACGUAUUCGCAAGCUCACAGACUUUGAAAGGGAAAACAGAGCGCUUGAUUCUAGUGGAUCUCUCGUUGAUGAUUCCGACAAGCGCAAACAUCCCACACGGCCAGCCACCCUCAAGAAGUCGUCUAGAGCCGCACGAAGCUUGUCUGCGGGAAUACUUGAUAUUCAGAUCGUCCAAGGCCACCAUGGACCUCUCUCGGCUCAAACAUCGCCAAAGACGACUGGGCUCGUUUCCCAGUAUUCGAACACGGGAGUGCAGGCGAAUCUGCCGUCGCCUACUUCGGCUAUUAGACGAUACAGCUCCUCGACUUUGAGUGACACAGAUUCGACAUCGGCGUCCUCCUCGAGCAGCGAUUAUUGGCCACCACUUGAGGACUAUAAUGGGGAGUAUCCGAAGCUCAAUUUUGGCAAUUCCGUCGACAUCGGCGAAUGGACAUUACCAUCUGGAGCACCUCCAGAAGUGGUCUCCCACGCCGCGGAAGACCCAUAUCCGCCGGCUUCCUUUCACCCUUUCGCCCGCCUGCCCGUUGAGUUGCGACUCAAAAUAUGGCGGCUGCAUCUUAUGCGACCACGAAUCGUGCGAGUCUCCACGCUCGACUUCGUCAAGAAGAUUCAUUUUACACCCAACUCUCUUGACAAUCGGGCGAGCAAUAUACAAUGGUACUCUACCAACAGGCUUCCGCUCUUGGCCCGUGUCAACCGGGAAGCCCGUGACGAGACCUUGAGGUUUUAUCGCAUCCACUUGAGUGCUGGCAUGAUGCGACGAGCUUUCAGCUUCGGGCCUGUGUACCUCAAUCCUGAAUGGGACAUCAUCCUGCUCAACUGCUCACACGAAGGCACACCCAUGGACGUGUUGCUCAAUGACAUCAUGGCAUACGACCCUCGAGGCAUCGGCGCAAUCCACCUUGCUUCAUAUUGCGACCCAGCCCUCUGGGACAAUACAUUACUGCCGGGGUGUGCCGCCUUGUCCGUCUCUGCCGCCAACUUGCGCUCCUACACAGAGGUCAUCUACGCCGGCUGGUCAAGCCGCGUUGAUGUCUUCCCCAUCCUGCGCUUGGGACAAGGCUACCUGCAAGAAAGUGUAGAGGUCAGCGAGGACAAGUUCAAGAGCUUCAUGCGUCAGUCGCAGCGCAACGUCUCAUGGGGAAAGAGCAAACGGCUGCGCGAUCGUCUAUCCAAGGUUUUCCCGGAGAACUUGGCGGCCAGUCUCACGAUACAAUCGCUGUACACCCGGACAGUGGUCACGCCGCGAUCCAAGCCGGCCGCCGUCAGCCUGGCAACGGAGAAGCGUGGAGCGGGACUAAUCAUCUGGGACAAGGAGGGGAGUCUCCGGGGCACUGGGGUUACCGGCGAUGGCGGUGACGAUGCGACCGGCGGGAUCGCGGACGAGGACGAGGACGAGGACGACGGAUGAUGCUAGGCGUUGGCGGGUUGUGAAUCUGUUGUCCUGGUACGCUACCAAGAGAAGAAGUGGUGCGAGCCACAUAGACGACUGUUGCAAUAUAUCCAAUAUCACGUUCGGCCUGCGUGUAAUAAUAGGCGCGCCGAGCAAGCUCAAGAUCAAGCAA